AGAGCGAAAUUCUUCGAGGUGUUCGAUGGAUCUAUGAGAAGACGUCUUCACGACAGACUUUUGUACAUCAUCUGCAGUCAAAGUUGGGACGCGAUAGGUCCUCAUUACUGGAUCAAACAGUGCAUAGAAUUGCUCCUUGUCACUGCUAAUUCUACCACUCAAAUACAAAUGUCGAAUCAGGAUACUCUGCUACCAAGUGUAACUUCUGUGAUAAACAUG